UAUCACAAAAAAAUUCUUGCUAUCAAAAAUAGUAACUUAUAUUUUGAUAUAUGAAAUGUAAAGUUUUUAAUAACAACAUGCAGAACGGUUCAUAUCGGAAAUUGAUAACUACAGGUUGGUUUAUACUUCCGACUGCGACCCGAGUUUUGGUCUCCAGUCAGUGGUCUCCUAUCCUUCUGGUGCACCCGUAGACGUGUCUGCGUUGAUGCAUGUCUUUUGUCUGCGUUGAAGUAUAAUUCUUGCGUGUCUCAGCAGCUCGCUUGCUUUGCAAUCCUGUCCUCUCCAAAGCGGACAGUCACGCUCUGCCGGGAGGGGUAGUGACGUCACAGCAACGGAAGUCUGUUUACCAAUUCAAAAUGGCGUCCUCAAUCAGGAAGUGAAGAAAAUAAUCCGAAGGGAAAAAAAACACAAAUAAAUCCACGAUUCGAACAAGUAAACCUGUUUUUAUCAACGAGGACGCGUUUCGAAGGAGACCAGGAGCACUACCAGCUACGUUUUAUAAAGGUCAUGGGUGGCAAGAAGCCUGUCUAGAUAAAGACUUCAUUAUCCCUUUGGAAGGCCCUCACUCAGCCGCGAUGCAUCGGACAGCCUAAUGCUCUUGGUCUCUACACAUCCUGUCAUGGACGGGGAGAAUUACCUGCACCCAGAGGGACCCCUACUAGACAGCCCGAUGUUUAGCCUGUCAAACCCUUCACUUCUCCCCACAGCAAUGGAGAACCAUAUGUCUCCAUCUAGUUCGUGGGCCACGUUCUCCUCACAUCAGGCUACAUAUAACUUGCACUACCCUAUGCAAUCUGGAAACCAGCAAUAUUUUAAUACCACUUCAGAGAUGCCCAUGGAAACGUUCAGUCCGCACCAUUUCCAAGACGGGGAUUUAAACCUCACCAGCCAUGUGAGAAAUGGAGACUUUUCUCAGGACCUUUCGUACUUCGAGGAAUUAUCCAACAACUCCCUGUUCUCUUCACCCACCGACUCCCUGUCUGAGUACGCCGAUAACCAAGGCUUCCUCAACUCAGACAGCCUGAACCAAGUGCCAACGAUAUGGGACGUGAGCACGCCGUCGCAGCCCCCAGAGCUGAACCCCAGCAGGUUUCAAGGUAUAAACAGUUUGGAAGAACUCUCUGCCAUCAUCAACGCUCCUCCUCUCGGAGGCUACCAGAUACCCCCCCAGCCGAUAGUGGAGGAGGAAGAGGAGGUUGACAAUGAAGAGGCCGAGGAAAUGGGACACGCAGAGACCUACGCAGACUACAAACCAUCCAAAUCUACGAUAGGAAACUCUCACCCAGAUAUCGUGGUUGAAACGAGCACAUUAUCCAGUGUACCCCCUCCGAAUAUUACAUAUACUGUCUCCAUCCCUGACAGUACAAUAAACAACGGGCUACUGUCUGCACUGCAGCUGGAGGCUAUCAUAUAUUCAUGCCAGCAACAUGAGGUGAUUUUGCAGAAUGGGCAGAGAGCAGGCUUUCUGGUGGGGGACGGAGCCGGCGUGGGCAAGGGCAGGACCGUGGCAGGCAUUAUUCUGGAAAACUACUUAAACGGAAGAAAGAAAGCACUGUGGUUCAGUGUCUCCAAUGAUCUAAAGUACGACGCAGAGCGAGAUCUCAAAGAUAUUGAUGCUCCAAAUAUCCCUGUGCAUGCCUUAAACAAGAUUAAAUACGGUGACACAGCUACCUCAGAAGGAGUGCUGUUUGCGACAUACUCUGCACUGAUUGGAGAGAGCCAGGCAGGGGGGCAGCACAGAACAAGACUAAAACAGAUCCUGGACUGGUGUGGGGAGCGAUUUGACGGAGUCAUUGUGUUUGACGAGUGUCAUAAAGCCAAAAACGCCACGUCGACGAAAAUGGGCAAGGCUGUUCUGGACCUUCAAAACAAGCUUCCUUUAGCAAGGGUGGUCUAUGCCAGUGCCACAGGUGCCUCUGAGCCAAAGAACAUGAUCUACAUGAGUCGACUGGGGAUCUGGGGGGAUGGCACCCCCUUCAGGACGUUCGAGGACUUCCUUCACACCAUUGAGAAAAGGGGUGUGGGUGCGAUGGAGAUCGUAGCCAUGGAUAUGAAAGUGAGCGGGAUGUACAUCGCCCGGCAGCUCAGCUUCGCUGGCGUCUCCUUCCGGGUAGAGGAGAUCAGCCUGGACAAAGAAUACAUGUUGGUCUACAACAAAGCAGCACGUCUGUGGGCUGAAGCCCUGGCUGUGUUCCAGCGAGCCGCUGACCUGCUGGGGUUGGAAUCGCGGAAGUCCCUGUGGGGCCAGUUCUGGUCGGCACACCAGCGAUUCUUUAAAUACCUCUGCAUAGCAGCCAAGGUGCGCCGCCUGGUGGAGCUGGCAAACAAGGAGCUGGCCGACGGCAAGUGCAUCGUGAUCGGUCUGCAGUCCACUGGGGAAGCUCGAACCCGCGAGGUCCUGGAUGAAAAUGACGGGCGCCUGAACCGAUUCGUGUCUGCGGCAGAGGGAGUGUUUCAGUCGCUGGUACAGAAGCAUUUUCCAACUGAGAAAAGGAAAAGGGAGAAGGGGCCGGCAAAUAAAAGGAAACGUAAACCCAAGGGGCGGCAGACGAAGUUCCUGAAGCACUGCACUGAGAUUGGGGGUGUGAUCAACAUCAGCGAUGACAGCAGCACGGAGUCUGACGUCAUGGACAGUGACUCUAACUCCUCCCCCGACUCCCUCCACGACAACGAUGAUGUCAUUUUUGUCGACCACAUUAACUGUUAUGCUGCAAAACUACAAGAAAUGAAGCAAGACCUUCUGAAUAAGAUUGCAGUGCUGGGACAAGAACUACCUCUGAAUACCCUGGAUGCGUUGAUAGACAAGUUAGGCGGACCCGAAGGUGUGGCGGAGAUGACCGGGCGGAAGGGCCGUGUGGUGCGGAUGCCGGACGGCAGCGUGCGCUACGAGUCUCGAGCAGAGCAAGGCCUGUCCAUCGACCACGUGAACAUCAAGGAGAAGGAGCGCUUCAUGUCAGGAGAGAAAUUUGUAGCAAUAAUCUCGGAAGCAGCCAGCUCUGGGAUCUCAUUACAGGCUGACAGGCGAAUAAAGAAUCAAAGGCGGAGGGUCCACAUGACCCUGGAGCUGCCCUGGAGCGCAGACCGAGCCAUUCAGCAGUUCGGUCGGACUCACCGCUCCAAUCAGAUCAAUGCCCCCGAGUAUAUCUUUCUGAUCUCCGAGCUGGCGGGGGAGAGGAGAUUUGCGUCCAUCGUCGCCAAGCGGCUGGAAAGUCUGGGUGCCUUAACCCACGGAGACAGAAGGGCGACGGAGUCGCGAGACCUGAGCAAGUACAACUUUGAAAACAAGUAUGGUACCAGGGCUUUGGAUAAGAUUAUUAAAGCCAUUAUGGGGCAGAUUGAGAGCAAGGUGCCGACUCCUAAAGGUUAUCCCGGUGGAGACGCCAUGUUCUUUAGAGACAUGAAGCGUGGACUGAUGGACGUGGGAAUUUUCUGCAGAGAACCCCGAUUUGGAGUCGGCGUCGAGAAAGACUGUAGCAUCACAAAGUUCCUGAACCGCAUCCUUGGCCUGGAAGUUUACAAGCAGAACUCCCUCUUUCAGUACUUCACUGACAACUUUGACUACCUGAUCGAGAAGGACAAGAAGGAGGGCAAAUACGACCUGGGAAUCCUGGACUUGGCUCCAGGAAAUGAUGAGAUCUACGAGGAAACCCAGGAAAAGUUCCUCACUCCAGGAAACCCUCAGGACGGGCAGGUGGUGCUCUAUAAGAUCACUGUGGAUCGAGGCAUGAAGUGGGAAGAAGCCUUGAGCAAAUUCGAAAAGCUGACCGGACCUGAUGAUGGCUUCUAUCUCUCAUACAAGUUGAGGGGAACUUACCCCAACGCGCUCCUGGCAGAACAAGGCCGGGGGAAAAACUUCAACCUGUACAAAGCGAACAUCGGGAAGCAGGUCCAGCAUGAGAGCUUGGACAACCUCUUCAAGAGGUACCGCAAGGUGAGCCCUGAAGAAGCCAAAGAUGCCUGGGAAAGUCAGUACAGUUUCUCCCGCCGGAAGUGCAGCCACGCCACUUGGAACGGGGAGUGCAAGCUGAUCCGAGAGGGGAAGGAGUGCUGGCAGGGCAUGCGGCUGCGGCAGUACUACAUGUUGUGCGGGGCGCUGCUGCGCGUCUGGAAGAAAGUGGCCGACGCGGUUUCUGACAUCACCAGCUCCAGCAUCCUGCAGAUCGUCCGACUGAAGACCAAGCAGCACACCAAGCAAGUCGGUAUCAAGAUCCCGGAGAGCUGCAUCGCCCGUGUGCGGGAAGAGCUGACUCAGAUGAACGAGGCGUUGAGGAGGAAAAUCGAGGAGCGCCAGGAGAAGGCCCGUCGGGAGGAGAGGGAGCUGCUGGAGAAGGACUUCCUGGAGAAACUCUACGCUGCUAACGCCAGCGUCUCCGACUCCCGCGCCACCUCCACCCAGCCCCUCGACCUCUCCCUAACCCAGCCCAUGGUCCUCCACAACCACUACAGCCACAGCCUGGACGUCCUGGACCUCACCAUCAGCCCCAUCCCUCUUCAGGACAGCAGUGCGGGGCUGGGGCUCGAACCCACCAUGGGCAGCGGCUCCUCCAGCUCCGGAAGCACCGCCCCGCAGGGAGAGUUCAGCCUGGAGUCUCUCAUCACGCAGCCCCAGCAGCAGCAGUUGCAGUCAAGCCAAGUCGGCCUCCCGUCUUUGAUCACGCAAAACUUUCCAGGCUUCUCUCUUGAUUCCACCUUGGGCCUCCCUCAGUCUUACCAACUACCCAGCCAGCUGGCUAUCACUGACAGUGCUGCUGCCCCUGCCGCUGCCCCUGCUGCUGCCCCUGGUUCUGCUUCUUCCUCUGCUUCAUUGUCAUUAUCAUCAUCUUCACAGCAGCUGCAGCCAGGCUUCUUACAGACUCCCCAACUGUCCAACGGGCAAAGCGAAUUGGACGCCAUCAACUUCCGCGAGGUUUUAGAUAAUAUGUUUCGGACCACCCAGGAAAACCAGCGUCAGUCUGUCAUUCAGUACGGGUUGAUGCCUUUCUGGGAUGACGAUUAAUGCACAGCCCCCCACCCCCCCCUCCCUCCCUGGUCUGCAACGGUACCACGCUUCAGAUUCACAGCUCAGGCAGGGUUUCCAUGCCUGCCGCUUUGGUUUUUGUAACCUUUUUAAUGUUUUUUUUUUAAAAAGGCUCUCGGAUAUUGCUGUUUUAACUGCACCACCAAAAUGGAAAAAAAAAAAAAAAAAAAGAUGAAAGGGUCUCCUGUUAUUUUUCAAUGGGAGGAUUUUGUCUUUGGAAGAAAAAAAAAAGAGAUUUUGAUUUUAUUUAUAUACUAUAAAUAUAUAUAUAAAGAUAUAUAUGAAACAAGUCAAACCAUUUUGUUUCCAUAUAGCAGCUGUUUAUUCUCUGUUUGUUUGUUUGUUUAUUUGUUUCUUUUUCAAUGAGAACUCAUCCUAAUGCUUCAGUAGCAGGACACCUUGGUCUCCCCCAACAGUUUCAGUUGGAUUUUGCAUUUAUUUAUAUUAUUUAUUUUAACCACGGAAAAACCUGCGAAGCUUCAUGAAUUGAUGCUCCUCCAUUUUUUUUUCUUUUUUUAGUUUUGUGAUACCCAACUACUAAUACCCAGCAGGGAAUCUGUGUGUCUAGACUUACCUGACCUGGCUGCUGCCUAACUGCCACACUUGAUGCGGUCAUCCCUCCAGCCAUCCCAGCGUUUAUAGAACAGACGAGGUUUCCUGCGUAUUCCAUUCAGUAUUUCCCACUUUACACUUUGUGAAAUCCGAAUAGAACUGGAGUUCACAUUGGAAUAUGGAAAACGCAGUCAUGUCAUCUAAACUGUGAAGACGUCCCAUCAUCGGACAAGCAGGACUGUACAGAGCAGAGUAUACAUCGCUGCAGCGACACUCAGAGCUGGUCUAUCCACAGAUGGAAAGAGCAAAAAAAAAAAAAAAAAAACUAAAA